AUGGAUCCCCCGGACAUCCCGGCCGGGACCGAGUGCCGAAGAAGGCCGCUUACACAAUCCGCCCGCCCAUCGCAAGUCCCGAGCCAGGACCCGGGGGUGACGCUCGGACCCCGUCUGCACUACCCCUCCAAGCCCUCCACCAACUUCAGAGUCUCCCGCGACAGGUUGUGGGGGCGGGGCAGCGCUAGUACCCCGCAGAACGCCCUCUCCUCUAUGAAGUCAGAGACUCAGACUGAGUGCCGGAGGGGAUUAUCACCCAGGUGCGGCGGAUUUGCCGCGGCGCGGCUAAGGUAUUACCCGUCGACCGACACUCGAAAUUCAAACCACCUGUACUGCAUGCAAGCAACAAUGGCUCAGAACACACCAGAGCUCCUGGAUCUCACGAUCGACAACAUCACACCCAACACCGUUCGCAUCAACUCGCAGAGCGACAAUGCACGACUCAAGUACCUCAUGGAACGGCUCGUCACCCAUCUGCACGACUUUGCGCGGGAGACGCGGUUGAGCACUGACGAGUGGAUGGCGGCGCUGAAUUUCCUCGUCGGCUGCGGACAGAUUAGCAGCGACGUGCGGCAUGAGUUCAUUCUCCUCUCCGAUAUUCUAGGCCUCUCCCUGCUCGUCGACAGCAUUAACCACCCCAAGCCAUCCGACUCCACCGAAGGCUCCGUCUUGGGGCCAUUCCACACACACGAUGCGCCGACUCUAGAGAACGGAGCGAAUAUGUCGGGAGAUCCUGAGGGCGAACCGCUGCUGGUUGUGUGCACCAUCAAGGACCGACAAGGUAACCCCAUCUCCGGAGUCAAGAUUGACAUCUGGGAGACGGACAGCAGUGGUCACUACGACGUGCAGCACGAAGGGAGGACAGAAGCAAGCGAGCGCUGUGUCAUGAUCUCGGAUGAGGAGGGUCGCUUCUUCUUCCAGGGAAUCAAGCCCGUGAGCUAUCCAAUUCCCCACGAUGGGCCGGUUGGAAAGUUGCUUUCUCUCCUGGGGCGUCAUUGCUGGCGGCCAGCGCAUCUGCACUUCAUGUUCCAAAAGGAAGGCUGGGACCACUUGAUCACCGCACUCUAUAUCCGGGGAGAUCCAUAUGAGAAAUCGGAUGCGGUGUUUGGUGUUAAGAAGAGCCUUGUUGUCGACCUCGAUAAAGUGGACAAGGCGACGGCGGAGGAGUAUAACGUCAAGGAGGGUGGAUGGUUGCUGAAACAGGACUUUGUGCUGGUCUCGGAGAAGGAGACGCAGGAGCUGCGGGACCAGAAUGCUAUCGAAGCAUUGGGAAAGCUGGGUCUGACACAUCUCAAGCUUGUCGACCAUUUGCCAGUGCCAGAGCUUGACUGA